AUGGCGUAUACUCAAAACGGCUACUGCGACUUCCUCUCUUCCUCGCUCGACAGCCUCUCCCGGCCUCUGAUGGCGUCGAGUAGGAAACUUGCGGUUUACCUCUCGUCCCUUGCUCUAUUUGUUCUUUGUACGCUCACUGGAUUCUUCUACUACGCAAGUCUACAACACAAGCUUCCAUUGAAGGCCGCCUACACUGUCAAGGGAUCAGGCGUCGGCGAAGUAGGAGCGUUGAAAUCACCAACUCCUGCCAAUUCAACACUUGGGGUAGGUUGUAGCUUGUACAUCUACCAUUUUGCUAGUACUAAAAAGACCUUUCAGUUCGGCACCAUAGCUGUUGUCUCUCAAAAGGACCCCGCCAGUCUAAAGGACCUCUUCUUCGCAGCCAACAUCAGCCAUAUCAACCUGUCCACUCCGUCACAACCGCCACGAGGCGAUUCAGAAGUGGAAACUGUGCGACUGACAUUGGGCUUCAACUCGUCCCGCGCCGACGCACUGUACCAUCUAGGACACAUCAACGCUCUGGAAUGGUUCCUCGACUCUGGCGUGGAAACUGCGCUGAUCAUCGAAGACUCCGCCGACUGGGAUGUCGAGCUGCGCAGCUCUCAAAUCCCUGCUGCAGCGGCUGCCGUUCGUGAGCUUUCAGCACGAUACACCGGCUUUGCGAGUCAGAUCGAGGACCUGCCGGACUUGAGCAGCUAUUGGUGCAUACCGGAUGGAUCAUGGCAUAUCUUGUCUCUCGGCAAGUGUGGCUCGGUCUCUGCAGGAAUGCCUGAAAUCCUGGUGCCAGAUCCUACAGUGCCGAAGAUGGCAGAUCUUCAACCCGAUACGAGAGCACUUCUUCGACAACAUAGUAUACCGGAGCGACACCGCAUCAUCCACAGAGUCACCUCUCCGCACUGCUCACUAGGCUACGCGGUGACUCGGUCCGCUGCAGAACGCUUGCUCGACGAUCUAAAACCGCGAGGUGAGCACCGCGACAGCCGAAAUGCAGCUCCCACUGGCGAACUCUGCAAUGGGAGGAAUUUGAAAUGUUUGAAAAUCGCGCCAGGUCUAUUCUCUGAGCUCGAAGGAGAUGCGCAGUCUACCGAAACUGAGCAAGUCGGCACGGAAGUCCAGUCUAGCAGGAAGACGAAGAAUAUCGAAUGCAGCGCUCGGAAAAGCAUUACAUCCAUCCACCCAGGAUCCGGGGAUCAAGGGAGUCCCUGCAAGAAGUCGCCAGUCGCCAAGGGGAAUUCAUUUGGGAAAUUCCUGCUUCAAAUGAGCGGGCAGCGCAUAACGUGA